GUGGCUGAUCAGCUGACCCGUCGGAGCUGUUUGUCGGUAGGACAAGCUAGCCGAAGCGGCGCAGAGAAACCGUGUUUUUUGUUGUAACCAACCGCAGUAGGAGUCGCGUUUGUGAAAGCCUCCGGCUUUUCGGAGAUGUCCCAGUAGGACGUUGGUUUCUGAUAAGUCAGCGUCAUGUCGGGGAACAACCUGGUCCUGCCCAUCGUGCUGUGGGGGCGCACGGCUCCCACCCACUGCAUCAGCAGCCUGCUGGUGAUGGACGACUUCAGCACCAUCAUCACCGGCUGCCAUGACGGCCAGAUCUGCCUGUGGGACAUGACGCCGGAGCUGCAGAUCUGUCCCAGGGCGAUGCUCUUCGGUCACACGGCCUCCAUCACCUGCCUGGCCAAAGCCAGCGCCAGCAGCGACAAGCAGUACAUCGUCAGCGCCUCAGAGAGCGGGGAGAUGUGUCUGUGGGACGUCAACGACGGACGCUGCAUCGAGUUCACCAAGCUGGCCUGCGCCCACACCGGCAUCCAGUUCUACCAGUUCACCAUCGGCACUCAGAAGGAGGGCCGUCUGCUCUGCAACGGCCACUAUCCUGAGAUCCUGGUGGUGGACGCCACCAGCCUGGAGGUGCUCUACUCCCUGGUCUCCAAGAUCUCCCCAGACUGGAUCAGCUCCAUGAGCAUCAUCCGCUCCCAUCGCACGCAAGAGGACACGGUGGUGGCCGUAUCAGUGACGGGGAUCCUGAAGGUCUGGAUGAUAACCGCCGAGGUCAGCAAGAUGCAGGACCUGGAUCCGGUCUUUGAGGAGGAGUCCAAACCCAUCUACUGCCAGGGCUGCCAGAGCAUCUCCUUCUGCAGCUUCACCCAGAGCAGCCUGCUGGUGGUCUGCUCCAAGUACUGGCGGGUGUUCGACGCCGGCGACUACUCGCUGCUCUGCUCCGUGCCCAGCGACAGCGACCAGGCGUGGAGCGGAGGCGAGUUCAUCGCAGCCGAUAAGGUCAUCGUCUGGACCGAGGACGGCUGCAGCUACAUCUACAAGCUGCCAGCCAGCUGUCAGUCUGCCAGCGAGCAUUUCCGCAGCGACGUGGGCAGAACCAAGGAAGGAUCCAUCCCCCCGCUGAUCUACAGCAUCGCCGGCCGCUCAGACAAGCAGCUCCUGAUCUGUCCUCCUGUGACUCGGUUCUUCUUUGGCCGCCGGGAGCCCUUCCACAAGCUGCUGGUCCAGGGAGACUCGGCCGGCCGCCUGUCGCUGUGGAGCGUCCCGCCAUCCACACCUCCACAGCCGACUGCGAGUCCACCAGAGCUGCAGGUGUCGUCCACCGUCAGCCUGCAGGAGGCCUUCGAUAAGCUGGCUCCCGUCUCCUCGGGGAUCAUCGAUCAGCUCAGCGUCCUGCCCAGCAGGGAACAACCCAUCAAGGUCACGGCCAGCGUCUACAUCCCGUCUCAGGGUCGGCUGGUGUGCGGCAGAGAGGACGGCAGCAUCGUCCUCGUCCCCGCCACCCAGACGGCCAUCGUGCAGCUGCUGCAGGGGGAGCACAUGCUCCGCAGAGGCUGGCCCCCCCACCGCACCCUGCGGGGCCACCGGCACAAGGUGACCUGCGUCCUCUACCCGUACCAGGUGUCCCCCCGGUACGACCAGCGCUCCCUGGUGUCGGGAGGAGUGGACUUCUCCGUCAUCGUCUGGGACAUCUUCACCGGAGAGAUGAAGCACAUCUUCUGCGUCCACGGAGGGGAGAUCACGCAGCUCAUCGUCCCGCCGGAAAACUGCAGCACCCGGGUGCAGCACUGCGUCUGUUCGGUGGCCAGCGACCACUCUGUGGGGCUGCUCAGUCUGCGGGAGAGGAAGUGCAUCAUGCUGGCGUCCCGGCACCUGUUCCCCAUCCAGGUCAUCAAGUGGCGCCCGGCCGACGACUACCUGGUGGUGGGAUGCUCAGACGGCUCCGUCUACGUCUGGCAGAUGGAUACAG